AAAAAAAAAAAAACUGGAAUCGAAACCAAAAAGAAUCGUUUGGUUUGGCUAAUUGGCUGGUUCAGUAUCGGUCCAAAUCCCACCUCUAAAAAUGAGCGUCAAUUAACGGUGCGUUUUGUGGUGAAUCAAUCUUUGCGGCGUCAGAUUUUAGGUGAGGAAAUCUGUUGGGGCGGUAAACCUCGAAAGGCGUUGCAGUGUCACCGUGAUUCACGACGCGUGUCUCUUCGCAGUGGUUUUUGUCAAGAAACGGCACCGUUCAGAGUUUUGGAUAUUUCUUUGCAGUUAUCCAUAUCUCUUAUGACUAGAUAAACUCUUGCAAAAAACAGAGACAUUUCUUGCUUCGUGGGUUGUGCAAGAACAAAGGCAUCACCAUUUGUUAUGUGGAAUUUAACUUCAAAACCCAACGAAGAAGGCUUUAAAGCUGCUCUAGAUGAUGGAAGAAAGACAAGGAAGGAAGAAAGACUAGAGUGUCCCAUUUGCUGGGAACCGUUCAACGUCUUUGAGAACGUUCCUUAUGUCUUAUGGUGUGGUCACACCAUCUGCAAGUAUUGUCUCUUGGGGCUUCAACGUGCCGUUGUGAUCAAAUCCUCAGGUUUUCCGUUCCAGCUUCCCUUCUUCGUUACCUGCCCUUGGUGCAAUAUGCUCUCUUUAAGGCUAGUACGCAAUGGAGCCAUCAAGUUUCCUUCGAAGAACUAUUACCUUUUAUGGAUGGUCGAAAGCAUGAAUGGCUCGCGCAGUGACAGCAAAAGGGUCACUUCAGAGGAGAGAGAGAGGUGUGAUGGAGUGUGUAACAACGCUUCAGAUGUGACCAGAUGGUACUUGAGAAGUGGGAGAGUUCAUGGAUAUAUAUGUAAGUCAAUAGCUCUUGUCGCUCGUUCGUUGGCUAAGUUUCCUUUGGUAGUCAUGUUCCUGUUGAUGGCUUUAUAUGCGAUCCCUGUGAGUGCUGCGGUUCUCGGGGUCUAUUUAUUUGUCACUAUUGCGUUGGCUGUCCCGUCGUUUCUAGUCCUCUAUUUCGCUUUCCCGAGCUUAAACUGGCUGAUCAGAGAGAUUUCAGCUUAACUCAUUGUACUGUGUGUUUGUUCCUUUGUGUUUCUUGACUUGUAAGGAACAUGAACUAUAGUGUCAAACGUUGUUAUAUUCAGUUUAUACUAGAAGAAGAGAGGACUUUGAUUUCAAACUAUCUCUGUAUGAUAUAAAUUUAGGACCAUCUUCUUUCAUGAUGGUAAUCAA